UUACAGCGUGCAAAUUGGUGUUCUGUGGCGUGCAACGUGAACGUGGUAUUGUUUUGUGUGGCAUUGGUGCGAAAGUGAUUCACAAUUAUGCCAAGCAAAGGGAUGGGACAAAGUCAGAAGCAUCGUAACCAAGCUAUCAAAUUAUUUCACGCUGUUAAAAAUAAAUACUGCACCAAAGAUUUUGUGUUGUCUCUAGUAUUUGAUCCGAAGAGAUUGCCGGUUGUGGGUUUAUUGCUAAUUGUCGCUGAAAUUUUUGUGAAUAUUGUGGUUAUACACACAGUUAGAUAUACAGAAAUAGAUUGGGUAGCGUACAUGCAGGAAGUUGAGGGAGUCGCAAAUGGUACACUGGAUUAUACGUACCUGAAGGGAGAUACAGGACCUCUUGUUUACCCAGCUGGAUUUGUAUACAUAUUUAUGUUACUCUAUUAUAUUACAGAGCACGGUCAAAACAUUAGGCUAGCUCAAUAUAUAUUCGCGUUAUUCUACAUUAUACUGUUGUGUUUAGUGUUUAGAAUUUAUUACAAGAGUCAAAAAGUGCCACCAUAUGUGCUAAUUUUAGUAUGCUGUACAUCUUACAGAAUCCACUCAAUUUUUGUCCUUCGUUUAUUUAAUGACCCAGUUGCUAUGAUAUUAUUGUAUGGUUCGCUGAACUACUUCUUGGACAACAGAUGGACUGUAGGUAGUAUUUUUUAUAGCCUGGCAGUGUCUGUCAAGAUGAAUAUUCUACUCUUUGCACCAGCAUUACUUGUAGGAUAUUUGACAUCUCUUGGCGUCCGAGGCACUAUAGUUCAGCUUUUUAUAUGUGCUUCUGUACAAAUAAUUCUUGGUCUUCCAUUUAUAUUGACUAAUCCAUUUGCUUACAUAAAGGGUGCUUUCAAUCUUGGCCGUGUUUUUCUUUUUGAGUGGACAGUUAACUGGAGGUUUUUGCCAGAAAAUAUUUUCAUUAGUCCAUACUUUCAUAUAUCACUCUUGAUGUUGCAUAUUGCACUUCUAGCAUAUUUUUAUGAUAUAUCACUAGUGUACCUUCGUAGCUAUGCUAGCCUGAAAGCACUUGAAAAUGACAUCCAACCUCAGCUGAAGAAACAUAAAGAAAAGAUAGAUAUGAAGACUGUUUCUCAGUUGUUUCUGCUUCCAAUGUUCACUUCAAAUUUUAUUGGUAUAAUGUGUAGUCGUUCAUUGCACUAUCAGUUUUAUGUGUGGUAUUUCCACUCAUUGCCUUACCUGUUGUGGUCUACACCUUUUUCUGAUGUUUGGAGAUUAUGCAUUUUAGGUGUUAUUGAAUUAUGUUGGAACACUUUCCCAUCAACAGCUGUAAGUAGUGUGCUGCUGCAUUUGUGUCAUAUAUGCAUUUUAUAUGGACUUCAAAGAAACAAAGUGCUGAGGAACCAGGCAACAACAAAAACAAAAUAAUCAUCACAGAUUUUAAUGGCUUUAACCUUGUACUGUGUUACUGAAUACCAAAGACUUUAACUACUGAAGACAAUUCUCUACUGAGUUGAAUGCUGCUGUCUGUUUUUUCACCUGCUAAAACCAGAAAUGAUAUUUACUUUUCCUCUGUUUUAUUGCUUGUAUUUAAAUUUUUGUGGAAGUUUUAAUGUUUUUGUUUUAAUUUCUGACUAAUUUGAUUAUUAAUGUAUAACAAUCAAAAUAUUUUACCUGCUAUUGUGUUCCAUGUUCUGUAGAUAUGAAAUUGAACUUUGAAUGCUGCUGAAUUAUGUGAAAAAUGAAAAUUUUCUCGGGUUCUUUUUUAACAAGAAAUCUUAAUUGAACCUAAGCGGGAUAUCGUUUUCUAUAAGUCUUGUUUUGUUCAUUGUUUGUGAUUUCAUUUAUCUUUAACAACAAGGUGUCUAUUCCUUUUUUUGAAAUUUUUGUUUCUGUAAUUUAUCCAUAACCGAAACUACAAGGCACUGCAGUAUCUGAUAGAAAGCAUAUUUUUGUGAUAUGUGUAUACACAUGUAAAAUAAUAUUUGAGUCAUAAUAUUUUUGUAGACAUUUUUAUGUUUCAAAAUGAUGAUCUAUGGACCAUUUUUGCUGGUUGAAACAAAAAGGAAAUUACUUGAAAUUGUCAAGGUUUAGUUGAAUUGUGGAGACAGUUCACAUAUUAUGCCACUAGACUGAUACAUUGGUGGAAAAUUUCCUAUGUGUGUACCCAAGAAACAUUAUCUCCAAAUAUUUGUUGCAUACAGGGGUUACAUAUAAAAUAUGUAAUAGUUUGUAUUCUUAUUGCCAUUUGGAAGCAUAUUCAUUUUAUAUUGCAUUUUACAAAAUGACUGUUUUGUAAGAAUACUAUUGUGUCUUCAACAAGUCAUAAUGUUAAAUAAUAGCCCUUUGAUUAAAAUGAGUGAUCCACAUUUCCAUAAAUGUGGAGAGUACCUAUUUUUAUAGUGGUUCUUUGUUUAUUAGUUACUGCAUCACAUUUUGUAUCACAUGUUGAAUUUUGUAUUGUAUGGAGUGUUUUAUCUAGUCUUGAAUGAUUAUAUACCAAUAAAUUUCAAAAAUUAAAGAACAUGGUUAUUAAUGAGUAUUUGUAGAAGGUAAUUAAUACCAGUUCUAAUCGUCUCUUGAAAAUGAGAUAAAACAAAUAAUUGCAUACCAGAAAUUUUCUUUUCCAAAAAUGCGCAAACUUGGAUGUGGAAUCCAAAAACAUGCAAAUUAAAUUCAAGGAAGAUUGGAAUGUAAUAUUCUGUUGAUAUAGUGGUCAUUGGAAAAAGGGCACUUUCAUAUUUGAAGAAGGAUGUGGGAAGGAAGAGACUGUGACCUUUCUUAGGAACCAUGUUGGCAUUUGCCUGUGGUGUUUUAGGAAGACAGGGAUAUCUUAGCCAUUGCUUUAUAAGCCAAAGCCAAGUUCCAUGAAAUACAACAACCACCAUAGUACUAAUGAUUUUCAAAUUAUCAAAAAUAUUGUAGAAAGAUAGAUAAA